GCAACUGAACCGGAUGGUGCUAUGGCCUAAGCUUGCAGGGGUCGAAAGACAGUACCCUGCGUACCACAUUCUCUGGGUGAUCAAGGAGCACGGUAACAUGCAGGUGUAUCAUGCCCAGAGGGGAGACAGGUGCAACACAACUGACACACACCCAACACAUUCUACAAGUCCUGCGGUGCUCAGCAAGCACAGACCCUAUAAAAGGGGCCCAACUUGUCCAAGAGAAAGAAUCAAAUAAACAGACAGGGCAUAGAUCACAACACUGACGUAUAUGUCCUUGAUACUAACCCGGGCCUGCUGAACAAGGCCAUAGACAUUGUCACACUGCAUGUAGAGUGUGUGGACCACAGUGGGAGGGGCCCUGCCUGGCUACCCAUAGGCUUGGGAGAUGCCCUUACAAAGCCAUCCAGUAAGGUGUUUCUUGGAUCGGGCCUUACCAGCCACACCAUCCCUGAAGCACACGAACACCUGCUCAGUGUGUCUGAUGGUGGCAGUGCGUUCAACAUAGCAUGCCUACGCACAAACUGGGCAAAGCUAACUGUAAAACUCUUGGCUUAAAGAACUCAAUAAGUUCUUGGGAACAAAGGAGGGAUUUGGUCUGACAGUAGCCCCGCUGUGGUCACCAGGAAGCAGCGAGCAACUGGGGUGUGCCGGAAGUGCAGUUAGUUCACACUAGGCUUGGGCGGUAUUACAGUAUAACAGGAUAUUUUGAAAUUCUGACGGUAUGAUUUUCAAUUCCGUUAAAAAUACAGAUGCUCAUCUUUCUAUCAACCUUAUACUCGAGAGGCUGUACUGAGGAUGUAAGUGGUGGGGAUAACAUUGUAGAACUGUACCUGAAUAAACCUGCAACAGCAGAGAGAGACUGCAGGGGAAAACAACAUAUUUUAACAUCUAACUCCGUGAUUUAAGGGUUUAUUUCGCCCAAAUCAGAGUUGGUGAUUGUUAGAAUAUUGGACUAACCAACAAAGCGACUAUCAUGACAGUUUGAGUGAGUUUUAUUUUGUUUCUUUUGAGUAAGAAUGAAGUUUGUUAUACAAUAAACAAGGCAAUUAAGGUAAUCGUAGUUCGGUAAAGGAGCGAAGGAGACCGAAGAUUCACUACGAGAUGAGUUGAAACAUUCAAUUACUUGCAAUGUGCUGCAACAUUCUAAUAAUCGGCUGGUUCACACCAAAUUACCACGAUGAGACGGUGUAUCAUCUCUAGUCAACAACUCUCUGUACUUCCAUUCUGAUUUGCAGCUUUUCAGACUUAUUUUGUGGCUGAAUAUAAUUUGUAGCUUCUUAAAAUCUGAAUGAGGAUAGUGAUAGUGAGAUACUGGCUACAGUGAUGAAACAAAACCAGCAUCAGAUGGACUGUAUUCAUAAUCAAUACGCCAAAUUAAUAUAAAUAACCAGCGCCAAUUCAUCAGUCAAUGAGAAUGUGUGUGUGGGCGGGGCAUAAGCACAUACAGCCAGCAGCAGCAGCAGCGACCCACCGUCUGACACCGGCACACCGUGAGGACGGAAACAGAGGGCUCGGCGAGGAUGGAACACCAUUUUGACUCAACUAGCAGACUUCACUACAAGCUGAUUGGCUGUUGACACAGGUGAUGUGCCUUACGUUCUCAAACCAGCUGCCAGCAGUUUGACCAGCUGAGUUGCAGGCGACACCAUCAGCCUUCUUGAGUCAAGACGGCCAGUUCACACCGCUGCAACUUUUCUCUGCAACGUUCUAAAACGGUUUUGUCUCAUCGCAAAUCGUUGGUCUGAACUGGGCUCUAAGGGCAAUGCAUAUGUUUAGGAUGCAGGGCUCCAAAAUGGGCCUGAACUCUCCCAUCUUCUUAGGAACCAGGAUGUUUGCGGAGUAAACCUCUCCUGUCUGUCAUGAGUGGGGAAGACGGGCACAGCCUGUUUUUCUGCCAAAAGGAUGGACAUAAAACAGUGUUGUGUGAAGCUUUCGGUCCAGCCAUCCAGGGGGCUUGUGGAUGAAAAGUUUACCGUCCUGGUCCAGAACCUCUUUCCUGGUUUCCAGCUGACAGUCCGUGCCCUACACCAGUGUGAAGACGGACACACCUGGGAUGCAUUCGCUCACUACAUCGCCAACGCCAUUGGGGAAGUGAACGUUUCAGAGGAUCUCAGCCUGGGUGGGACAUAUUCUGGGGUUGAACCCAUGGGUCUACUGUGGAGCCUCAGACCAGUUCCAGGCAGCAAACCUUGGCUCAGGCUGAGGAAGAUGAAUGUCCAGACUCCCAUGGAGUUCACAAUCUCAGUAUACCAGGGUCAUCUGACUGAAGGCUUCAUGGACCAGGUGCCGCUGGCCAGUGUCGUGGUGGAGCGUUGGUACAUGGCGCCCGGCGUCCGUAGGAUCCCCAUUACAGAGGAUGGACUCACUGCGACCCUCUUCCUGCCCCCAGGACCGGGACCUUUCCCCGGCCUCCUGGACCUCUGGGGGGGUGGAGGGAAGUUGGUGGAGUACCGGGCAGCGCUGCUGGCCUCCCACGGCAUCGCCUCCCUGGCCCUCGACUACCUGACACCUAAAGUCACCAUAGAAACUGGGAAGAUGGUGGACAACGAGUACUUUGAGAAGGCCUAUAGAGUCCUGGAGCAGCAUCCUCAGAUCCUCGGCAGCAGGAUCGCCAUGUUGGGCCUUUCCCUCGGCACCAGUAUCACCCUCAAAAUGGCUGUUUACUCCAAAGUUAUUAAGCUCAGGUGUGCAGUAUGUAUCAGUGGGAGUCAUGUGCAACGGGUUGAUGGAUCUCUACGACAGAAUUUGAGUUACUUUGACAAAAACUCUGCAAAGAUUCGCUUUGACAAAGAUAACAACGUGAUCUUGCGGGAUAUGACACUGCCCAUCACCACCAACCCCUCACUCAAAGUGGACGUGGGACGACUCCAGUGUCCUCUGCUGCUGGUUGUAGGUGAGGACGAUCAGGACACGCCGGCCUACGAAGCUGCAAUGGACCCUGACAGCGGUGCAUCCAUGUACAAAGAAGACGGCAAGAUGGCAGUCAUUUCAGUCGUGGACUCAAGUGCACACAAAAUGAGGGAGAUGAUGGAGCGGGCGGGGAAUAGCCACCUGCUGACUGUCCUGUCCUACCCAAAAGCCGGUCACCUAAUCGAACCUCCGUUCACGCCGUUCAUCCGAGCCAGCCCCAUCCGAUCAAUCAGCACUGGUCAGAAGCUGUUGGUUCUGUGGGGCGGAGAGACGGUGGCACAUUCUCGUGCUCAGGAAGACGCCUGGAGGAAGACGCUGGUCUUUCUGAGGAAGAAUCUGUACGGCUGCACAAACCCUGAUGCAGCUAUGCUAUCGCGGCUGUAACCACCGCAACAACUGAUGGUUAUAGAGUUGCUAAGCUACUUUGUGGCCCCCUGGUUCAGGAAGUAACAGUCCCAUUGUUUUUACCUCAUAGAUAAUGUUACGUGACUCACAGUUGACUACAGACAUUUUCCUGAUUGAAUCAUCAGAGCAAAAGAUGAAAUCACUCUCCGACUUUAACACUUAAUCUGUCCUGUCAAAUAAAAAAAUGAUUUUAAAAAAGUACAA